CCUUCUUCCAUUUUUUGUUACUACUUAACACGAUGGCUUCGGCCUUGCAGAAUGCACAACCUUCCCAUGACCAGAUCCUCUAUCUCGGCGACCAGCCCAUCCCUGUGACCGAGGUCAUACGGCUGGAUCCCAAUCGAACUGUCUAUCGCGUCGGAAUCGAGCCCGUUGGCGAUCUUCCGCAGACCGUCAUCGUCAAGCAGCAGAAGGAAGGAUGGGAGAAAGAGUUUCGACAGGAGGCGGAAGCUUAUGAGAAACUCAACCCGCUUCAAGGAACCGUAAUACCACGGCUAUUCGGGCAAGGUUCUUUCGAUGGAGUCCCCGCGCUUGUCCUUUCAGAGGUGAUUGGGACCACUUUAUAUGAUCUUGCUCAUUGUCGGGAGUCUCCCAUUCACGAGAAAACCCUGAGAACGCAACUAGAGACCGUAUUCACUCUCCUAUCCGAGUACGGCGCCGUGUACUGGGACCAGAAAGUGGAUAACUUCCUACUCUGCAGUGAGGAGGACUCGGGAAGUAGUAAAGUCAUGGUGGUGGAUCUCGAGCAGGUGCGGUUCCCUGGGACGUUUCGGUCGUGGGAAGGGAAGGUUAAUCGGAACGGGGCGCGUUCUUUGAUGAGAGACUUUCGCGAUAUUCGAUACCCAGAUCGUGAGGCCUCACCUGUAAGGUCCUGGAUGGCUGGGUCUGUUCGCCAGGAUGAGAGUGUUUCGAGGACAACUGAGUCAUCGAGUCUAGGGGUGUUGUGCGCUCGAUGA